ACAAUGUCAAAGGUAAGGUGGAUCCCUGGCGACUUUGCACCGUCACUCAAGUUGAAGAACUCAAGUCGAUAGUCAGGAUUCUCCCCGUGUGGGCGUCUGGAAUAGUUUUCGCAACGGUAUACAGUCAGAUGAACACAAUGUUUGUUAUACAAGGCAACACCAUGGACCAACAUAUUGGCCCUCAUUUUGAAAUCCCAUCAGCAUCCUUAUCCCUCUUUGAUACAGUCAGUGUCAUUUUCUGGGUGCCCGUUUACGACCGAAUAAUCAUCCCGUUUGCAAGAAAGUUCACUCGCCAUGAACGGGGAUUUACACAGCUCCAAAGAAUGGGCAUUGGACUUGUCAUCUCGACUUUCGCCAUGGUCGUUGCUGGUUCACUAGAGGUUAUUCGACUCGACAAUGUGAGAAGAAAUAAUUACUAUGAUCUUAAAAAGAUCCCCAUGUCAAUCUUCUGGCAAGUGCCUCAGUACUUUCUGGUCGGAUGUGCAGAAGUUUUCACAUUCGUUGGACAACUGGAGUUCUUUUACGACCAGGCGCCUGAUGCGAUGAGAAGCUUAUUGUCGGCUCUCUCUCUCACGACGGUUGCAUUAGGCAACUACCUGAGUACUCUCUUAGUGACGAUUGUGACCGACAUUACCACAAGACACGGGAAACUUGGUUGGAUUCCGGAAAAUUUGAACCGGGGCCAUCUCGACUACUUCUAUUGGUUGUUGGCUAUCCUCAGCAUAAUCAACUUCUUCGUGUAUCUGUUGAUUGCAAAGUUUUACACUUACAAGAAGGUCACGGGAAAACCUCGUUGAUUCAGUUUAUACAAGUUAUGCAUUUAGCAAUUCAUAUGCUUUAUUACCAGACGAUGAAAAUUUGUAAAUACAGAUGGGAACUGGGGAAUGAUGAGUGUGUUUUCUUCUUAAUCCAAGAGUCUAUUGUUAAUU